AUUUGAGCAUUCUUUUAAAAAAAAGAAGCUACAAUGGUUGAGAUUUUGGCCAUGAUUUUAAGUUUAAUCUCAAUCUUAGCUUUUACUUAUGUUGUGAAAUAUCUUAACAAACAAGGUUCAUCACACAACCUGCCCAAUGGAAGUAUGGGGUGGCCAUUUAUCGGAGAGACUCUUCUAUUCCUCAAGCCUCAUAAAUCAAAUUCCUUAGGAAGCUUUUUACAAGACCGUUGCUCUAGGUAUGGAAAAAUUUUCAAGUCACAUAUAUUUGGCUCUCCCACGAUAAUUUCAUGUGACUAUGAGUUCAACACGUUUAUUCUUCAAAAUGAGGGGAAAUUAUUCCCUGUUGAUUACCCUAAAGUAAUGCACAAAAUUUUAGGAAAAUAUGCUCUAAUUCUUGUCACAGGAGAAGUUCACAAAAAGCUAAGAAGCACGGUUAUCAGUUUUGUUAGUGCAUCAAAGUCCGAAUCCAACUUCCUUCACUUUGUUGAAAUGCUUGCCCUCUCAAGGAUUAACUCAUGGGGAUCAAAUUGUAAACAAGUUGCUUUCUAUGCAGAGGCUAAAAAGUUUGCCAUCAAUGUUAUGCUGAAACACCUUCUAAAUAUGAACCAUGAUGAUCCCCUUGCCUCCAAGAUUUUGGACAACUUUGAGAAAUAUAUUAAGGGCUUCAUUUCACUUCCCUUAAAUUUUCCAGGGACUAUAUACUCCAAAGCUGUGAAGGCUAGAUUAAGACUAUCAUCUAUCAUCAAAGAUAUCAUAGUGAAGAGGCGUAAAGCGAAUAAUAGUAUGGAAGAAGUGGACCUAUUGAAUUUGAUUUUAUCGAAGGAGAAUUUAAGUGAUGAAGAGAUGGUGAGCAUUGUUUUGGAUCUUUUGUUUGGAGGAUAUGAGACAACCUCAAAACUUCUCUCUUUGAUUGUUUACUUCCUUAAUGGAGCCCCAGAUGCUUUAAAAUGCUUAAAGGAAGAGCAUGAAAUGAUAAGGAAAAGUAAAACGGAAGGGGAUCUACUGAAUUGGGAAGACUAUAAGAAAAUGGAGUUCACUCAAAAUGUGAUUAAUGAAGCUAUGAGGUGUGGGAAUGUUGUGAAAUAUCUGCAUAGAAAAGCUUCUAAAGAUAUCAAAUUCAAAGAGUUUGUGAUACCAUCAGGGUGGAAGGUGUUUCCUGUUUUGUUAGCACCACAUUUGGAUUCUAAUAACUUCGAAAAUCCAUUGGAAUUCAAUCCCUUUCGAUGGAAUGUAUGUUGCAUUGGACAAGACAAGAAAGUUGCACCAUUUGGUGGUGGCCCACGACUUUGUCCAGGGGCUGAUCUAGCUAAAGUCGAAAUAUCAUUCUUCCUUCAUCAUCUUAUCCUUAACUACAGGUGGAAAAUGAAGGCAAACGACGACCCAAUUGCUUUCCCUUAUGUGGAAUUCAUAGGAGGGUUACUAUUGGAUCUUCAACCCACAACCACUACUUUUGGGAAACAACACGCUUGAUUGUUGUUUUGAUUUUAUUAUAUUUUGAAGAAACCAUAAUUAUAAUAAGAAAUUACUUACAUGAUUCACAUUAUUAUAUUAGUAAAAUAGUUUAACAAUAUUUCAUUUGGC